AUCGCACGAAAAUGGUGAGUGAUUGUCGUAUUUGUGGUAGUCCUGCGAAUACUUUGUUAUUUGAUCCGAUUCUGGGGACAGAUCAAUCGCUCGCAGAUAUCCUGCAGGAUUUCGCGGAUGUAUCGCUUGCUAGAAAUGAUGGAAAAUCAGACAAAAUCUGCACUGGUUGUACAUCUGCCUUGCAAAAUAGUGUGGCGUUUCGUAACAAAAUUAGGGAAUCGAUAUUACGAUCUAAUGGAAAUGAACACAACAUCACUAACGAAAUUUCCAUUAAGAAUGAACCGGUUCUGGAAGGCGAAGAGGAUUUCGUGUAUGAAUACUUGGAAGAAAGCACGUUAGGUUCCAGUUAUACAGAUAACGAAGAAGAUAAACUAUCGGUGAGUGUUAUAUUUAUGAAGGAUGACAUGGAUAAACUAGGAUUGGCGAUUGAAGAUGGUUCGAAGGAAGAGGACGCAGAUGUUAGAAAAUUCCCUUUUAAAGUACCCCCAGCAAAUCUAAUUGCUCAAAGAAUUAAAUUUGACAAUUUUGAGUAUCUAGAAAUCGAUGGUGACCGUUGCUGUGGCUGUAACUUUAUCGCAGAGAGUCGUGACGAUUUGAUUAAACACUCGAAGGAAGAGCAUUCGCAUGCUUACUAUCCGGAUAAUAGCUACACGUGCCCGACCUGCUAUCACAAGUUUGCUACUUCUGAAAAAUUGGCAAAACACAUCGAAUAUUAUUCGUUCUGUGAUAUUUUUCUGUGUUCUUUUUGUAACGAAUCUUUCGUUCAAAAAGGUCAUCUUAAAAACCACAUCAAAAAACAUAACGAAGAAAUAGAAAAGUCGGCAAAGCCGAAGGUAACCAGGAUAAGAUCUAGAAAGAGGAGCACGGCCCCUGUUCCAUCAAUGCAUAACUGUUGUUUUGUACGAUGUUGGGCUACUUUCCAAACCGAGGAGCUUUUGAUGGAACAUGUGCAAACUUUACACGAAUGCAAACGCCGUGAAAAUGAAUUAUCUAGACCAGCCGAUAGCGGCACUGAAAUGGUUUGUUCCGUUUGCCAGAGGUUAUUUGAAAGUAAAGAUAAACUUCUCUAUCAUCAAGCGUACAAGCAAAACAGAGAUGAGCUCAGCUGUGAACAUUGUGAUCGUAGAUUCUUUCGCAUUACGCACUUAACAAAUCAUCUGCAAAGGGAGCACAAUCAACAGUCUCCGGAACAUAAGUGUGAAAUCUGUGGGAAAGCUUUCCUCAAGCUGGGCGUACUUAAAAACCACCGGAAAAUUCACGAUCCCUUUGAAGCGGUUCCUUGCAUAGAACCCACUUGUCAGUUUGUUUUUCGUGACGAAGCAUUGAUGAAACGCCAUGUACGAAAUGUGCACUCAAGUGUAAUGGCGUGGGAGUGCAAGUUUUGUCCGAAAAAGGUUCGCACCAAAGAAGCACUGGAUUUGCACGAACGGUGCCACACCGGCGAGAAACCUUUUCCCUGUCGGGAAGGUUGUGAUCGUCGGUUUGCACAUGCUACGGAUAGAGCAAGGCACGAGCGAGCUAAGCAUACGGGCAUAAAACCACACCGCUGUGAGCUGUGCCCGGCGGCAUUCGUCCGUCGGCGGGAAUUGGCUGCACACUGUCAAAAGAAACAUUCCACUGCCGAAGGAAAUUGCCUACCUACUUUUCAGAAAAAAAUGGAUCGCUACUGUCGAAUUUGUAGGUCCAUCAAUCCGGAUCAAUGUGUAUCGAUUUACGAGGAACACGAAGGAGAAAUUAUUGCCAAUAUGAUCACCGACUGUGCGGAUAUUUUGGUGAGCGAUGAAGACGAUUUACCGGAAAAGAUUUGUAACGAUUGUCUAGGCCAGCUGACCAAAGCAUAUUCGCUGAGACAACUCAUCCGUGAGUCCGAUGCGGUUCUACGAGAGCUGAAAGUUAAACAAGAAUCAGAUCCCUUGUCGCUGGAAUUGCCAACAGAUAUACACCAAUUGCCACCAGAACCUGGAAGCUCGAAAAAAAUAAGCUACCCCGACUUAGAUCAGAUAGAAAGCGUAGAAAAUUUUCCUUUCUACACAGAAAUCACUCUUAAAGGUAUGCGAUGCUGUGCAUGCGAAGAAGUAUUUUCUGAUAAGGAUGAAUUGUAUAAUCACAGCCAGGUAUGGCAUCCGCGUUCCAGCGAGCGGGAGCUGGCAUGUUUUGAGUGUGCGAUUUGCCACGAAACAUUUCAAACGCGGUUCAAAUUAUUGAGUCAUAACAAACGCUAUGAAUCAACUAAGAUAUAUAAUUGUACGGUUUGCGAAGUGUUAUUUGAUGCCCAGUAUCGCCUCGUACAGCACCAAAAAACUAACAAAAUGCAUAAAAGCUUGAUUGAAGGGACGCAUGUGGAGUUUUUGGAAGGGGCUUUGGAUGAAAUACUAGGGAGAGAUAAAAACCGCAGCAGGAAAAGGGUGACCAAGUCUUUGGAGUAUCCCAGUGAUGAAUUUAUUCUAGAUAUAGUGGAAAAUGAUGUGUUUGAACUUAUCUAUGUUGGAGGAGAACGUUGUUGCGGCUGUAAUACAAUUUUUCCAAUUUACGAUGAAUUGGUAAAGCACUGUUCUGAAAAGCAUCCCAUCAAGAAAGCUGCUGAAAAUCAGUUUCAGUGUGAACUAUGCUACGGAAUAUUUGAUUCCAUACAGGCUUUCAGUAGACACAACUCAGCUAGAACUCGCAAAGAGUUGUAUUACUGUAAAUUGUGUGAUAUAUUUACUGAUGAAAGAUUUCGUUUCGAGCAGCAUCUUAAGCUCAAUGGAAACCACCAGGGGCUAUUGGAAAAAAGUGGAUUCGAAAGAAUUGAAUUACCAGAGGAAAAACCGACAGCAGUCCUUCGUGCAGUUGAACAAUAUAUAGAGACAGAUAUUGUUGCAGGGAUUCGUUGCUGUGGAUGUGGCUUUGAAUGCUCUAGCGAAGAAUCGCUAAGAAUACAUGCAAACAGCAAUCAUAGAGGUGAAAACAUCUAUGAGGACACGAAAAACGUAUUUAAAUGUGAAAUGUGUCACAUUGGCUUCCCUAAGCAAGCUUAUUUGACCUACCACAAAAACCGCGCACUUCAAAAGUUGAGAUACAGUUGCCAAAUUUGUGACUACCAGUCGGAAAUAAAACAUAGAAUAGUUGAACAUUUAAUCGGCCCAAUCCACGAGCUUAAUUUGGAAAAUUCGGUUAACAAACGACCAAAAAAGGUUGCGACCGAAGAAUCAAUAUCUAACAACUAUGGUUGUUGCUUCUAUAAAUGUACGCUCACAUUUGAAGAUUCCAAUGCUCUUUUGGCUCACGUUGAGGAACUACAUAGUGCCAAAAGACGAGAAAAUGCCGAAGAACGUGACCCUAGUGGAGCUUUUAUCUGUUACAUCUGUCACAGAAGCUUCCGCAAUGAAAGAUCACUACAAGUACAUCAAUUUCCUCGGAAAAAUGCCGAUAAGCCCGAGUACGAAUGUCAGUUCUGUGGGGCCGUUUUUGCCACACAAGUUACUUUAAUUUCGCAUGAGAAAGCGCACACUGGCGUUAAAGAAUUCGAUUGCGAUCACUGUGGCAAAUCAUUCUAUGAUGAACGAAUGCUUCGCGUCCAUAAAGUUUGCCAUAAAGAGGAUCGUCCCUAUGCGUGUGAUGUGUGUCCUAAAAAAUUCCAUCGCCGAGGAGGUUUGCGAGUCCAUCGGCGCACCCACGGUGACAAAAUUUGGGAAUGUUCAGUGUGUCCAAGCAAGUUCAAAACUAGCGCGGCGCUGAAAAUUCAUUGUAGAAAACAUACCGGUGAACGACCGUAUCAGUGCCAGUACUGCGACAACCGGUACGCCCAUGUUUCUGAUAAGCGACGUCACGAGAUGGCAGCACAUACUAAAGAGAAACCCCAUAAAUGCGACAAAUGUUCUAUGGCUUUUGUACGUAAGCAACAGCUUACGGUUCAUGCUCGUGUACAUACUGGAGAAAAACCGUUUGUCUGUGAAGUUUGUGGAAAAGAUUUCUCCCAGCCAAUUUCUUUAAAAAAUCAUAUGAAAGUGCACGGAUCGCAAGGUGUAUCUCAGAGUGGUGAUGCAAAUGCUACGGAAGAGACCGAUUAUUCGAUUGAAAGGGAUAAUCAAGCAGGCGAAGAAUCGUACGAAGAUAUGGAGGUGAUCAAGGAAGAAUAUCUGGAAGAAGAUGAUGACCCCGAACAGUCAACUGUAGAGUAAUGUAAGUCGAUUUUUAUUUCUUUGCACAAUUUCCCCCUAAUAAAUAUAGU